AUAGAUUUUGAGCUACAUCAGCCGGAAGAUAGCGCCGUCCAAUCCAAGAAAUGGCCUGUCCGAGUAUACACGUUCUCUUAUACCCGUUACCGCCAUCCGGCCAUGUCAUCCCCAUCCUGGACCUUGCCCGCCGCCUCCUCAGCCGACCCGGCCUCACUGUCACGGUCCUUGUCACUCCCGCCACCCUCCCCAUACUCGAGCCCUUCCUCUCUGCCCACCCAUCGCCUUCUCUUCAGCACCUCGUCCUCCCAGCGCCGCCACGGCCUCCUCCAUCCGUUGCCCCCAUCGACAACCUCCUCACCACCAUCCGCGGCUUCCGCGACCUCCACUCCCCGGCCUUGGUUGAGUGGUUCGGCUCCCAGGCAUCCCCUCCGGAUGUCAUCGUGUCGGACUUCCUCUUCGGUUGGACAGACAAGUUAGCCCGCCAGCUCGGCAUCCCCCGCGUCGUCUUCUCCCCUUGCAGUGCAUCCUACCUGUCGAUCGCCUUCUCGCUGUGGCGAGAUCUCCCCGAGCUCAAGGAUACACCGGAAGUCUCCUUCCCGGACUUGCCUGACUGCCCAUCGUACCCCUCGUGGCAGCUCUCUGAGGUUUACGUCGAAGCCGGGGACUCAACUAUGGAGUUUCACCGGGACAUCAUCGUCGCCGACGUGGAGAGCUGGGGCGUGCUGUUCAACUCAUUCGCAGAACUGGAGCUGGAUUAUAUCGACCAUACAAAGAGAGACUACGGGCACGACCGCGUCUGGGCCGUUGGCCCAUUGAUGCCGCCCGACGACGACCAGUGUGCCCCUGCCAGCCGCGGUGGGCCUACCUCCUUGCCGGCCGAUGAUGUCCUGGCGUGGCUCGAUUCUUGCCCAGAUGGAUCAGUUGUGUAUGUAUGCUUCGGGAGCCGCACGGUCCUGACUCGUAAGCAGAUGGAUGAGCUGGCUGCCGCGCUGGACUUGAGCGGGGUCAGGUUUGUACUCUGCGUGAAGGAUCCCGGAGAGAAUAAAGUGGAGGCGGACUACGGCAAAGUGCCAGAUGGUUUCGAAGAUCGGGUGUCCGGGAGGGGAUUGGUUAUAAGGGGGUGGGCACCGCAGGUGCUAAUACUAAGGCACCGGGCAGUGUGCGCAUUCCUAACUCACUGCGGAUGGAACUCGGUGAUGGAAGGGAUCAUGGCGGGGGUGGUGAUGCUGACAUGGCCGAUAGGGGCAGAUCAGUACCCCAACGCCAAGCUGCUGGUGGACCAAUUAGGAGUUGGGAUCAGAGUCGGAGAGGGGACUAAGAAAAUACCAGAGGCAGCCGAGUUGUCACGGAUUCUGAGGGACUCGAUUAGUGCUACCCGGCCGGAGAUGGUUCGAGCUGGAGAAAUCAGUAAGGUGGCUGUGAGUGCCAUAAAACCCGGCGGCAGCUCUGAGCAUGAUUUGGAUGACUUUAUCAAGAGAGUGUAUGAGGUUAAGAUUUCCAAGUGAUUUGGCUGAGUUUGUGAAUCAGUUUAUACGGUACUUGCAGAAGGGAUCAAGAAUAAGCGAACUUUUUUUUUUUUUUCCAGAAAACCAGAUCCCAAGCUCGGUAUACCAUAUGUAUCGAAAUUAGUUUUAAUGGUGCAAUCUGAUAAUAAUUUGAGACAGGA